CGGCGUGAAGUGACACAGCGUCCAGUUGAUAUCGGGACGUGGAGCGGCGGUGUGCGUCAUGUCGGAGGAACAACCAACAGACGGGGAAACGGUCAGGAGUCAUUACUUCGAGGUGGGGCCGCGGUACUUCAACCUGUCAUACAUAGGAGAAGGCGCCUAUGGCAUGGUGGUAUCUGCCAGUGACAGAGUUACCAAAACAAAGGUGGCAAUAAAAAAGAUAUCACCUUUUGAGCACCAGACAUAUUGCCAGAGAACCCUUCGAGAGAUCAAAAUCCUAACUAGAUUCAAACAUGAAAAUGUUAUAGAUAUCAGAGACAUAAUACGAGCUCAAACGAUAGAAAGCAUGAAAGAUGUUUACAUUGUACAGUGUCUAAUGGAAACUGAUUUGUACAAACUUCUCAAAUCUCAGAAACUGAGUAAUGACCAUAUAUGUUAUUUCCUGUACCAAAUUCUACGAGGUCUGAAAUAUAUCCACUCAGCAAAUGUCCUGCACCGGGAUUUGAAGCCAUCUAACCUUCUUCUAAAUACUACUUGUGACUUGAAGAUAUGUGACUUUGGGUUGGCGCGAGUUGCAGAUCCAGAACACGAUCACACUGGUUUUUUGACAGAGUAUGUUGCCACUCGCUGGUAUCGUGCUCCUGAAAUCAUGCUCAACUCGAAGGGCUACACAAAAUCCAUUGAUAUUUGGUCUGUGGGCUGCAUUCUUGCUGAGAUGCUGUCUAACCGUCCCUUGUUCCCUGGGAAGCAUUACUUGGAUCAACUGAACCACAUCUUGGGUAUCCUGGGUUCCCCAUGUCAAGAGGAUCUAGAAUGUAUCAUAAAUGAAAAGGCCAGAAGUUAUCUACAGUCUCUCCCAUACAAACCAAAAGUUCCAUGGACAAAACUGUAUUCAAAUGCAGAUGCCAAAGCUUUGGACUUGUUAGAUAAGAUGUUGACCUUCAAUCCCCAUAAACGCAUCACAGUGGAGGACGCUCUUGCUCAUCCAUACCUGGAACAAUAUUAUGACCCUGCUGAUGAGCCUGUUGCUGAAGAACCUUUCAAGUUUGAGAUGGAGUUAGAUGAUCUUCCAAAAGAGAAACUUAAGGAACUAAUCUUUGAAGAAACUGUUUUAUUCAAGCAGCGUCUUGCUGCUGAAACACCCAUGCAACAAAACUGAAGGUGAUGUACUGACAUUUGAUGAAGAGUGGAAUAUAAAAUGAACAGGCAUUUUAUAGUUGAAGACUCUAAAGUAGGAAACUAAGGCUGCCUGUUUGCCAAGGGUUCAGGCAACAUCAAGAUAAUGCAUGAAGAUUGUGACUGGUUUCUCAGUCUGUGAAAAAUCUUCAUGCUACAGAGUUCACAGCAGGUAUGUUGUGUGACCUGAACACUAUGGCAAGAUUCCUGUUUGAAGAAAAUUGGACAAGUGCCUCACCUUUUUGGUCAUUUGGGCAAUAUAUGAAGACAAGCUGUGUUUUAACUGGGGAAAAAUUGGCAUGCAAACUGUGUUGGAAAAGGCUGGAUGAGAAAAUGUGUAUAUGAAACAUUUUGUUCAAUAGCCAAAAAGUGUCAGAUCUAGAAAGAAAAAUAUAAAUUCUUAAUCUAGUUACUGGUUUCAGUCUUUUAGAAGUUAACUUAAGUGUUUUCAUGUGGCUGUCAGACUUCAUUAUAUGAAGCUAAGAUGUUAAGAGUCUUUAAUAGAAAAGUUUUCUUCAAAAAUUUAUAUCAACUUCAGGAGCACUUGUAGUAUUUGUUCUUAGUGAUGUAUCUGUGCUCCUCUUGAACUGCCAGUAAUUGCUACUAAGAAGUGUUUGUUGUGAAAUUUUUGAUUAGGAUGUUGUUCAUCUGCUGUUGGAAUGUCGUAGUUAAUUGCUUUUGAAUUAUUGAUGUUCAAUUGCUUAUAAAGCACUUUGCUGAUGUUAUGUGGCAGGAACUGUUGUCUAGCAUUAUUGAUUGAGAAAUCUCACAAGAACUAAAUACUGAGCUCCUAGUAUCUUUUCACAUGGAUAUUAGUUUUCGUGUAUUUUUUGAAGUACAUAUUGUCGGCUUAAUUUUUAUACUAUAUUAGGGCAAGAAGUUUUUUGCAUUCCAAAUAAUUAGAUUCGUUCAAGAGUUCUGUUUAGAGAGUACAUACAAACUUCAGAUAGAUUUAGAGUUCCAAGAUGUGAACUUAGGUUCCAUUUGUUGAAAAUACUUUAUACUAAUUAAGACAAAAGUUGGGAUGGUGUUAGUAUCAUCCAUGCAGUCCUUGUUCCAUCUCCUUCUCCAGUAACUGCCAAGCUAUAGAUUGUGCUUUCCUGAGCAUGGUCUAUGAAAAGUGACUUACGAGUUCAUUAUAAGUCAUGGGAUCCAAAAGAAACUGCAUACAGUUAUGCAAUAUUAAUGCUUUUGGUAUAAGUUGCAGACUAUUGAUAUACUUUCUUGAUCUGUUGGGACUGGUCAUUGCAUUUAUUAUUUUAGUGUCAUCAUCUUUUGUAUCAGUGGUAAUGAAGCCAGAAUGAAGUACCUCAAGUUCUGAACCUGAAGCAGCAAAAUUAUGACAAUCUUGUAGAUAAUAAAACUGUAAUUCCCCAUUUAUUAUGCUUCAGUUUUCUUUGGUGCUUACUGUUUUUGACAUUUUAAGUGUAAUGAUAGUGAUGCAGAAUCGCUCAGCUACAGGAAAAAGGCUGUGUCAUUCUGUGAAAGUAAAUUGUGCAUAGUUUGUAUAUCAUAUCUUAUUUCAAGUCAAAUAAACUUUAAAAAAUCAAUACUUUUAUAUAUUUAAAUGGGAUGUGAAUAUUGAUUCAUAUCAUUACAUACAUGUAUAUUGGUAUUUCAUUUUGGAAGUAAAAUGUGUUCAGGAUCUUUUGUAACCUUAAUCAUUAUGUUUUGAGGAAAAGUAUUUUUACAAGCAGAAAAUCAUAAAAAUUUAUGUAAUGGCUGACAGUGUCUCAGCACAGGGGUGUUAAGAAAAGAGGCAGAUUGUGGUAUUAAGGAAAUGCUAAAAAACAGUUCCCGUUGUGAUGAAAGCUUAAUUUGUACAGAAACCAAGCCUAUCAUGCCUCAGAACCAAUGUAAAUGGUCCAAGGGCUAGAAUGAAGGAUGCCCACAUUGUUACCUAUAUGUACUAGAUGGGAAUUAUCAAAGUUGGAUCAUGCAUUUAUAUGUUUUAGUAUCGAGAUCCUAUUCCUAAUUACUUAUGUGUUUAUAUUUUUAAUGCACUUGUGAAAUAGUUUUAACUAUGACUGGAUUCAGGGAUAUAUUUUGAAGUGAAAAGUAUUUUCUUCCUAUAGCUUUAGUUUGCCAUCUUUGAAAUGUAUUGUUACUUCAGAAAUUGUUAAAAUGCAAGGACAUGAUUUUCAAAUUUUAUUUAGUUAAAAGAUAAAGUUAAGUAAAAGUUUUCAUCUGUUUAUUGGACAGAGCCUGUACAGUUAUGUUUCUUGUGUAUACAGGAACAUACCAUAGAUUUUUUUCCUUCCUCUUCACUCAGGGUUGAUCCCUGUAUUGAGUCAAAGUGAAUUUUGGGGUAUUUAGUCAUGCUGACUAUUACAUUGAUGAAAGGAUCUUCUUAUAUUUUCUAUAUUAAUACUCAAAUUGCAUCCAUCACAGCUUCUUCCAUGAACUAAGUCAUCCAUGAUUUCAUACCCCCAAUUUAUGCCAAAGGGAAACUGUGUUGAUGACAUAAUUAUUAGUUAUUCAUGAUGUCAUCUCUCUAAUGCAAUGUGGUAAGCUUAAGAUCUGUUAACCACUCUGUAUUCAAGAUAAAAAAGAAAGAAAAAAAGAGAAAAAAAUGUCUAAUGAUUAUAGAAUAUAUUUAAUUGAUUUAAAGUUGUUUUAUACAAUUAAUGUGAGAGGUGUGGGUGUGUCAUCUGCCAAUGUCAGGUAAUUAUUGUCUCCAGGUGCAUGAAUAUUUUCAUGCUUGUGCUGCAUCAAUAUGUCAUUGUAUAUCAUUGCUCGUGUUAACAUCAGUGUUAGUAUGAUGCCAGUUUUGCAUGAAGUCAGAAUACAAGAAUCAUUUAAGUGUUAUUUCAGAAAUCUUUAGUGUGUAGAUUUUCUUUCUACAGCAGUGCAGUGUUGAUGUACAAACUUUUCUGACUUCAAGUGAAACAGUUGUAUUACAUGUGAAAAUUGUUUACUUCAACUGUGGGAACAAGCAGUGUUAGUGAACACUGCUGUUACUAGGAUUUGACCUCAUUUCAUACCCAAAUACAGAUAAACCUGUAUCUUGCUUUGGUAUGCUACAAUAUUUAAGUUAUAUGAUAUGCAAAAAAGUCACAUUAUUAACCAGCAUAACUCUUGUGUUUAUUACAUGAUUUCCAGUGAACAUUGAACCCUGCCCAAAUCUUUUGGUGACCUGUGGCCAGAUAGAAAGUGUUACAAAGCAGACAAGGAGAUUCAAAGUUUGAAGUGGUAUCUUGGCACUGGUUGUGUAAGGACUUUAAUGUAGCUUGACCUCAGGUCACAUGUCAACAUUUGAUUGCUGUGGGAGGUUUGACAGCCCAGUCAUGUGUUGUUGCCAUUGACAUUGCCUUUAAAGUACUUCUCCUGCCAAGGAAAGGCCCUAGUAUUCUUGAAGUGGGUGGUGAUUGGUUGGAAUCCACAACUGGGAUGACAGUGACAUGGUGAGGUGGCUGGGGCCUGUCAAAUGUAUGUCUUUCUCCUUCCACUCUUGUCACCCCUGCUCUCACCGAGAUGAGUAAUCGGCUGUGUUCUGAAACAGUGGUUACAUUAUAAUAUAAAUAAAUUACUGGCAUCAGCUACUGUUA